AUGGUUAUACAAGCGGUUGGAUUCAUCAUGGACGUUGCGGCUACCUUCGCAGUUGCGAGCUUUGCCAUCAACGCGGCGAUGCCCAGCAGGAACGACGCAGCCACUCUCGUCGCCAUCACCACGGGGGACCAUGCGAAGACCAAAAGCGCUGGCGGCAAGAUUCCUCACAUAGCUCUCUGGGACGACUACGGAAAUCGCAUCGGGCAAUUCCGCCCCGGCAAGAACCAAAAGAUGGGGGCCGGUUCCAAGGGAGACAAGAAGGGCCGAAUCGUCGUCAAGCACAACCAGAACGGCAACAGGGGCGCGGAUCCCUCGUAUAUCAUGCUGAGCAACCACGACGAGGAUGCCAUCUGCAUCUCAUCCAUCACCGUUUCGAAUGGUGGCGCCACCUCCACCUUCUACGGAGAUACCGGCAGAAUCUGCGGUCAGUCGUGGUACUACAGCGACAGAGAGCUCGGCGAAACAAAUUUCAAGACUAGCUGUGUCUGGCUUGAUGGAGACCACACCGGCGGCAUCAACGCCAAAGCCAUGAGCUUCCAUUUGAACGAUCUAGCCCCCACGAAAUCCAAACUUGACCUGUAUUCCCGGUACCCGGAGAAGGGCUACCCGUACCUGUGUCAGAGCACGCCGCGGUUCUCUAUCUGGGGAAACCUCCUUCCCGACGGCUGGAUUCCUUUCUUUGACCCCCCUUUGAGAUACACGAGAGAUGGUGCCGACGAGGGCGCCGACGAGGAUCCCGACCGCGCGCUCGACAAACACGUCUACGACAAGAGUGUUUACCUUGGCCAGGGCGAAAAAAAGCACGACCGCCGCAACAAUCGACCCGGGCCUCGGAAGCUCGGCAAGAGACAAAACUCCAACAUGGACCCCGGAAGACUCAUUGUCACCCAGCUUGACGGGCAGACUGCGCGCGAAGUCUGCGAGGAUCCGAACUCUGCUGGCUACGACAUUGUCUCCUACAUCGACAUGAUGUACUGUGACAUCUCGGAGAGAAAGCUUCAUUCCAUCUGCACUGACAACCUCAAGAGUCAUUGUUUCGACGUCAACAGUGCCACGCUCGUGGGGCAUGACGGACCGCUGCUUACCGCCCGAGGAGAGCCUGUCAAGUCAUACGAGAGUGUGGAUCAUUGGAAGUAA